GUGGAGCGUUUGCGGCUUUUCGCGUGUGAUUGUGAUAUAUUUUGGUGUAAAUUAUUUAUUAUGUUCCCAAAUGAUUUUAUGAAGUGAAAUUAGUAAAUAAAAUGAAUGCGACAAGCUUAUAUGUAUCCACGUGUCGGUUAAUCAUCCUAGCCGACGCGGCGGACAAGUCUUCAUGGACCGAUUUAUUUCGUUUAGUUCCUUAUUUACGACAAUCUUUGUCUUGUACAGUUUGCGGUAAUUUACUAAAGGAACCGUACACGCCGACGAGCUCGGGGUGUCAGCAUCACGUGUGUAAAAAAUGUAAAGGUGGGAGGAAAAAGCUAAAGCCGUCUUGCGGUUGGUGUAAGGAUUAUGAGAACUAUGCGGAAAAUUUGCAGUUGCGGAUUUUGCUUCAAUGUUAUAAGAAGCUUUGUGAAUAUUUUAUGGGUACGGACAUUUAUAAAAUUUUGUUAGAGGAGGACGAGAUAAGUGCCGGAGUGAACGGCGGCACAGUCGCGAGUUCAGGAUUGAUAGAUCUGGUACAAGAAGGCGCUGGGUUUUCGGACGAUUACAAGAGCACUGCCGGCUUGUCCAAGUCGGCAUAUAGUAUAUUACCAUGUGUCUACACCAACUCUGCAUCAACACAAACUCAAGCUGCCUCCACAUCUAGUGGUACAGAGACAAGAUCUUCCACUAAAGACUCACCAAAUUCCAGAUCAGUUUCCAAUGGAUCUCCAAUGUAUUCUGUAAUGUAUGCUGGCUCCGGUAACAAAAUUACCAUUAAAAGAAAAGCUGUUGAUGAAACUGACAACUCUCCAAGUGAUCCUCCACCUAGAGAAAGCAAGUCGAGCCUUUUAGGCUUCAAGAAGCCAUCAAAUCGUUCCAGAAGCUCGGCAAGCAGCAAGCGGAAGGGGUGCCGGUGCGGGAAUGCCACGGCCACACCUGGAAAGUUAACAUGCUGUGGACAGCGGUGCCCUUGCUACGUCGAGAGUAAGCCAUGCACCGAAUGCAAGUGCAAGGGAUGCCGGAAUCCACAUCGACCCGAUGGCAUGAAGGUGAGACCUCACAUACCUCAGUUAGAGACACUGCAGCUGACUCUAAACACAAACCCGGACAGUUCUCCAUCAUGUUCUGGCUCUAUGGACAGUCUGGACACGGAUACACUUACUAUGGAGGCUAUGGAAGAAUCCCUUAACUUCACCUCUGAUCUCAAGACUUCCAAUAUUAAAGUGUAUUCACAUAGUCAAUUACAAGAAGUGUCUCCGUCAUUGCCGGCGACUAUAAUGAUGGACGAGGAGUUGGCGGGCUCGCCAGACGACGACAUGAGCUCGCCGCAGGAAUACGCGCUGUCGCCGCAGGAGGUGGACCCCGACGCGGCGUCCCCACAGUCCACCCACGAGGCCAACAGCGAUAUCGAGGUCGAUGUAUGACAUCCACUGGCCCUCACGAGUGACUAGGACUUACUUUCUCUGUUCAUGUUGCUCCUCAGCAACUGUCAACAGACCAUGUUUACCUUUGUGGUGUCGCUCGUCGUGGUGUUGCUAGUCACUUGUGUGCUGAAUCUCAUCGGGUAAAGACAAAGACUUCAUUAGUUAAACAAAAACAUUUUUUAAAUAGUGUUGUGACUGUUUAAAUGUGACAUACCUAGUGUAAGUUUGUGAAUAAGUAUUUUCCAUUUUUAGAUUCCUGUUCUAAUAUGAAAACGACAUGAUAAUUAUGAGGAUGUAUUAAACAGUCAUUUAAGAAUAUUAAUGCCAAUAAUAAAUGUUUUUAUUACUUAUGUUAAGGCAUAUGUACCAGCAUGUAUUACAUAUUGCUACUUUACCACUGAUUAUGUUAUUGUAUUUAUUGUUACUUGAAGGUAGUUGUUAUACAUUCUUUUAGCACAUGACGAGCGCUUUCGAAGCAAAAGAUAUGUAAAUGAAAACUUGAUAGUUUUGCAAUUUUUGACAUACACAUUGUGUUCCUUAAUAAAAUAAGUUAGUCAAAUGGGUCCACCAAUGAGUAAAAUGGAAAUCAUUCUAAAAGUUGUACAUUUAGUGGCUACUUAAAGUAUGUAAUCCAAAGCUUGUAUUGUAAUUUAUUAAGUAAGCGAGGACUUUGAUAUGUCUAGUGAAUACUUGUAUUAUAUAUUUUUCCAUUUUAGAAUGACAAUAGUUUUGAUGAUUUGCCUGGAGGCAAAUAAAAUAUUUACGAGGAACUUAAGAAUUACAGUGCAAUAGGUGAUAGGGAUUACCUUAAACAACAUUUAUUGUACAUAAUUAAUAAUUUACAAAUGUUCUACAGUCGAUUUACAAUGAUGAAUACAUAAUAAUACCAUUUAUACAUUAUGAAAUGUUACCCACGCUCAUACUUGAAAAAUACAUUCUCUAAAAAUGAAUUAAAAUGAAAUAAAUAAUAUAAUUAUAAUAUUUUGAUGAAUCAUUAGAUCAUGAAUGUGUGACAUAGUAUUAAUAGGGAUGUAAAACAUUUUGUAAUUGUAAUGAGUACCGGUGACAUAGUAAUUGUAAUUAUCUAUAAAACAACUGUGAUAGUGUCACUAUUUAUUGUAAAGUGGUUAUUAUAGGAACUGAUUUUACACAAACUGGCAUUUUAAAAUGUUUUCGAUUAAUGAAUUUGUAACGAUAACAGAAAGCGCCUAAUUAAUCUUAUGUUAUUUGACCCAUAAAAGGGUACGAGAAAAUGUGAAGGGCUAUUUUUUCACAGACUGAAAUGUGAUGUUAAAUAAAUUAUAUUAUACAUAUCUACAGCAGGCAGAACUAACUACCGCUAAUUAAAAUAUUUAUAUGCAAAAAGAAUAUAACAAUCAUGAUAAUAUGUCCAUACUGGUAUCUAUAAAAAUAGGCUGGUAAAUAACUCUAUUUAAAUGGUUUCUCGUGAAAAGGACUUGUUCUUCAGUUCCUAUAAUAAUCACAUUUUAGAAAAAAAGAUUUUCAUUAAGGUAAUUGUGAAAUUGAAUGUUUAGGCUAAAACGAUUCGAGUACAAAUUAAGUAUUUCAUAGGGACAUACAAUAAUGUAAUUUUGCUUUAAAUUCAAUAUUUCCUUAAGUGAAUGGAAUAAAAUCAAUAUUUUUUGUUAA